AACCAAUCAUGCCCACCCCUAACCUCCAUCCAUCUUAGCACUACACAAGCAAUCUUAUCUAUUUCAACAUUUCUUCACUAUCUUAAAGCACACGAGACUAGGAUCCUUAGCUAGAUCUCAAAUAUGUCAACAAGAUCUGUCGACCUUAUCAAUUUCGAGCUCGACUAUGAAGGACAACACAAAAAUGUUUUUGUGGCCAAACAGCUCCAAGAUUCAAAUCGGAGUCUCAGAAUAAUCUUAGACGGCGUUUUUACGGUUGCCCAAACUACAAGGUUCAAGUGACGUUAACUUCAGUGCCUCUGCAGCAAUUUCUCAAUCCUUUGAUGUUAAUACUAUGUACUGCACACCUAAAUGUGACCCUGCUUUCAAACCGCAUGUUGGUAUAACAUGGUUUUUGCCCCUUUCACUGGCGUCGAUAAUCACAAAAAAGUGCAUUACUUUUGGUGUGGGUUUGUUGUUGAAAGAGGAUGUGGAAUCUUAUGCCUCGUUUUUUCAUUGUUUUCUAAAUGCAAUGGGUCGGGAACCAAAGUGCAUCAUAACAGAUCAAGACCCAUUCAUGAAAAUUGUCAUUCCAUCGGUAUUUAGUACAACAUGUCACAGAUUUUGUAUGUGGCAUAUUAUGUCCAAGGUGAGUUCGAAAGUUGGACCAGUGUUGAGUAAAGAUUCCAAUUUUAUGAAAGAAUUGAAUUCUAUUGUGUGGAGUCAUUACUUGGAGCCAGCUGAAUUUGAGAUGAGAUGGACUAAUUUGAUGAAAGAAUAUGACUUACUUCAUCAUAAUUGGUUCUCGCACAUGUUUGAGAUUAGGAGGUUGUGGAUUCCUGCUUAUUUUGGUGACAUUUUCAUGGCAGGUUUGCUUAGGAUUACAUCACGUUCUGAGAGUGAAAAUAAUUUUUUUAAUGAAUUCACAAAUUCUAAUUUCAGUUUGGUUGAGUUUUAUAUGCAGUUUGAGAGUGAACUGGAUUCGCAAAGACAUAAGAGUGCACAAUUGACCAAAGUUUCUGUGUCCUCCAUUCCUGAGUACAAGACACCGUUACAUACUGAGAGAUAUGCUUCCUUUGUUUAUAAUCAUUCAAUUUUUUAUCUCGUUCAGAAGGAAAUAUGUUGUGCCUGCUUUUCUUGUGUUGUUCUUAGUCUUGACUCUUGAACAUGAAGGUUGCGUGUUUAAGUAUAUCAUAUUAGAUGAACGAGGUUUUAAUUUCACUGUUGUGCACAAUACUAGUGACAGUACUACACUUUGCUCUUGCAAAAAUUUUGAAAGGCUUGGGAUAUUGUGUCGUCAUAUAUUUUUUGUAUUGAAAAAUAAGAAGGUCAAUGCAAUUCCAGAUAGGUAUGUGCUCUGUCGAUGGUGCAAAGAUUCAAUUCUAAAGCCUGUGAAUGCAUUCGAAGACGGUGUUUUUCAGCAGUGUGUUGGAAGUGAAGAACAAACCCUAACUAUGAAGACAUUGUGGUCUGAUAUUAAUUUCUGUAUUGGAAUGAUUGACCAGCAACCUCAUUUGUUGAAGCAGAUUUCAGAUGCAAUUAAGGUGCAAAAAGAAUUAUUGUCUAGCUCUCAAACAAGUAGUGCAGCAACAUCUUCUAAAAGAGAUGUCAUCAAAGGCUUUUAUGGGUCAUCGAUUCCUACUGAAGUGAGCGUGCAUCCACCUCAGCAGGCUCGAAAUAAGGGUUGUGGUAAGAGGCUUAAAGGUGGCAAGGAGAAGGCAAUUAAAGUAAUCCAAAAGACUAAGAGAUUAUGUAGAACAUGUAAUAAAAAAGGGUAUCAUGACAGUAUGAAUUGUCCUUUGAACUUGGAGGAAUAAUCAAUCUUUUUUAUUCAUGUUUAGUAAUUGUUUUCGAUUUUGGAGGAAUGAUUUCACUUUUUUAUUUUUUUUAGUACUUGUC